UCUCCGCCGGUGUGAUGCUGCUCGCCCGAUUUUUAACCGCCGUGAUGUCACACAUCUGUGUGCUUCUGGACUCGGCUGAAGAAGAUGGCGGCCUCCUCAGGAGUUAAAGUCCCACGCAAUUUUCGCUUGUUGGAAGAGCUUGAAGAGGGCCAGAAGGGCGAAGGCGACGGCACAGUCAGCUGGGGCCUGGAGGAUGACGAAGACAUGACUCUCACACGAUGGACAGGCAUGAUCAUCGGACCAGCGAGAACCAAUUACGAGAACAGGAUAUACAGUCUGAAAGUGGAAUGUGGACCUAGAUACCCAGAGACAGCGCCGACCGUUAGAUUUGUAACAAAAAUUAGCAUGAAUGGGAUAAAUAAUUCCAACGGGACGGUGGAUUCACGUAGCAUACCAAUAUUAGCAAAAUGGCAGAAUUCUUAUACCAUUAAAAUUGUUCUUCAAGAGUUAAGGCGUCUAAUGAUGUCCAAAGAAAAUAUGAAGCUUCCACAACCACCAGAAGGACAGACCUACAGCACUUAAUCGUAAUGGAUUGUUUCGACCCUCUGUCUUAAACCUUACUCUCUUAGAAAUAUUGUGUAAAAUCAUCAUGAGGCUCACUUCGCACAUCAACAGUAUCGUCUGCAAGAGCAAGAUUGGACUUUCUUAUUACAUAGCUCAUUCAAAAAAAUGGAAAAAAAGUCCCUGCAGUUAAGCACUGAAUAGAUAGUAAAAAGACUACAAGACCACACUUAUCUGCCUAUAAUAAAGUUUCUUUGACAAUGA